GUGAGCGGGCGGGACAGGUGCUGCGCCUCUACCAGGGGUAGGAAGACGGCAGGGCCGGCAACGAACGAGAAGCCGCGGGCAGGCCCUGGAGCGACUCCAAUCGGCCCGGCUCACUGUCGGCAGGGUCCGGACCUGGGCGGCAGGUACGGACGCCAGCCCCCGCCCUGCUCGGACUUCGGAAUAGAUCCCUGACCGACGCGCCGCAGCCCGUCUCUCUCCGCGGACGGGAGCCCGGCGGCGGUGCCGGCAGGAUGCGUGCACUGCUCGGCCCGGACGCACCCCCGAUGGAGCAGCUGCUGCCCAGGCACCCGGACGCGGCGCGGCCAGCGCUCAGGAGCGCGGUGGAGAGGCUGGCGGCCGACCGCUCUAAGUACGUGCGGGCUCUGCCGGGGACGGCUUGGGGCCCGGCCUCCGAGGGCAGCAGCCCCGGGGCGGGCGGAGAACAGGCGGUCGACCCGCGCCCCCCGGCCCGCGCCCCCGGCGCUGUGGCGCGCAGGGCGAUACCGCGGAGGCCGCUGAGGCCGGACUCGCUGGUCAUCUACCGGCAGAAGUGCGAGUUCGCGCGCGGGCCGGGCGCCGACGGCCUCCGGGACAGCCUGGCGAGGAAGCGCCUCCCGGGGCCGGGUAAGGACAGGACGCCGACGCCCCCCGAGACGUCCCCGGCGGGAGAGAAGGGCAGGGCCGCGGGCGCGGAGGCGACGCCAACGAAGCCGGGCCCCGCCGCGGCUCCCGUGCGUCCCGCGCGCCCCACCACCGCGGCCGCUCCGCAGACGCCCCCCGCGCGUCCCAGCACCCCGGCCGCUCCCCCGACAACGCUCCCCGCGCGCCCUAGCGUCCCGACGACGCCCCCCGCGCGCCCCAGCACCCCGGCCGCUCCCCCGACAACGCUCCCCGCGCGCCCUAGCGUCCCGACGACGCCCCCCGAGCGCCCCAGCGUCCCGGCCUCUCCCCCGACGCCCCCCGCGCGCCCCAGCGUCCCGGCCGCUCCCCCGACGCCGCCCUCGUGCCCCAGGGUCCCGGCCGCGUCAGGGACCCGCGAGCUGCAGGCGGCCAGGCGCCGGGGUCUGCAGCGCUCGCAGUCCGACCUCAGCUCCCGCUACUCCAAGUCCGCUGCCGAGUUCGACACCUUCUUCCAGUUCUGCGGGCUGGAGCCCGAGGUGGUGGAGGCCCUCGGGCGGGAGAACUUCUCCGCGGGCUCGGACCAGGGCACCCUCAGAGUCCGCAGCGUGAGCGUCGCCACCUCCGAGGGUGGCUUCUCGCGGCGCAGCUGCGGCGAUGAGGGGCUGCAGGAGGAGGAGCUGACGGAGCAGGCGCCCAGCGCCCCCUCGGUCGUGGAGAGGAACGCGCGCAUCAUCAAGUGGCUGUACACCUGCAGGAAGGCCACGGAGACGCCAGCGCCACGGUGGCAAGGCCCGCGUGACCACCGCACCGAGGCGGGGACCCACGGGAAUAAAGAGCUCCACUGAAGAAGCUUAUGGAACUCCCGAAGGUUGGAGAUGCUGUGGAGAAGUUGGGGCCGUGGAACUUAGAAAUCAAGAAUUAGCCGAGUGACACACCGUAGCCCCCUAGAGAUGCUUCCUUGUUUCAGGUGGACCCACCCUGGCCUCCAGAGGAAAUAUUUUCAGGGCAUCUUUUUGACUGGUUUGCUAAGAGGCACUGUGAUGCUUUUUGAUAAUGUCUACAUUAAUUUAAAAAGGCAAAGGCGUGAAAACCAAGCAUGCCAUGGUAUCAACUGCUUUCAGUCCUCGGAAUCAGAGUUCUGGAACCCCAAGACGGUGUUCUCUGUCCCUGGGGCUCGCACCUGCAUGCACACUUCUCAGCAUCACGCACUGUGCACCGUUAAUGACUCAGCACGUUUCCAGUCACUGGAGGGCUCCUCUGUUACUCCACUUACGCCAGUCCCCCUGGGUGGCAAACAAGUGCAAAUACCAUGAAAAGAUAAGUGGGAGCUGAAAUACUGCUCAAGUCCUUUUCUUGUACGGGGACCAUUUUGGAGAGGCAGGUCUUGUCAUCAGCGUUCCGGCUCCCAGCUGUGCGGAAUCUCCAGGAAGGAGCCAGGGUCUGGACUCUGCAGCUCAGGCCCCGCCCUGACGUGUGUCAUCAGUGCCCAGAAGUGGCACCAGUUCAGCUCUGUGCAAAGGGCAUGUUUGCCAGGAGGGGCAGCCUCCGGGUGGCUGGGAGCCCAGGGUCAGAUCCUUGUUGAUACGGAGUUGGUGUGACCAGAUGCUGAGCCGGCUCACAGCAUCCAGAGUAAAGAAAACAGCCUUCAGAUUCAGAACCUUAUGAGAGAAACUGAGUCCAUGACGACAGCCCAAAGAACACUGUCACCGGACAAGUCUCCCAAAGCUUUCGGUGUUUUAUCAAAUGUCCCUCUUCAAGAACAACAUUAUUGGAGAGAAGAAUGUGGAGGGGAGAGAAAUGAUUUUUUCAAUGGUAAAAUAGUUCAAUGUAAAAUAGUUCUAACCAGUUCACAUUGGUAUAUUGUGUAUUCAUUUAGUAUGAUAUUCUAUUUUUGUAACUGUUUUACUAGAAGAGUAGGUCUUUGACUUAAAUAUUUAUUUUUACACAGUUA